CAGAAGAUACCUGCGACUAUUGGGACAGAUUCAUGUUUUAUUUUGUAAGCCUUGUAUCAAAGCAGGACAUUUAAUUUUAAAUUUAUUACGCAACGCGGGUAGUCCACGGUCUAGUUGACUUUUUAUGUACCUUUCGCCUCCGUAUCUGAUUGACUUGUUUGCUUUCGUUUCAGUAUUUAAGCAUAUUAUAUUCUAAUUAAUUAAACCAAUCCACAGACAAAGAUUACUUUUAACGCAGAUUAGUGUUUAGUUUCCGUUAAAAGAUGAACUACAGAAUAAUGGUUCGACUGAUUUUCACGGCUUGCGUUGCAUGCACGUGGAUUUCAAUGACGUCUGCUGCCCGACCGACCCUGAGCAGUGUGUUAUCGGACCUGGCGGCAGGGGGAAGUCGAAUCUGUCCCUACUGCAGCUUGUGUUCCUACAUCAGCAUCUGCAACGGCUACUGUCUUCAGCAGCCGACGAUGUCGUGCUUCCUGUGCCAGUUCAAAGGUCAUUGCAAUACCACGUGCACGAGCACGUGCAAGCGUCGAACCCAUGCAGCAGCGGGAAAGAGACUUGUGAAGUGACCGGCAGCGGGAAGUAUCGUUGUACUUGCAAGACGCUUGCAUGUUUGAAUCAGGCAAAAGUGAUAAUCCAAACAGACAAAUCCAAAACAGUGUGAACGACGUCAUCACCGGUGAAAACUCGUCGAAAUCAACUUUAAAAACACAUCAUAAUAAAUAGUAAUAAUCAGUUAAAGAGACAACAACACCAAAGAAAAUUGGCGAACUCAUAUUGGCGAACAUUUAUAUAUAUUCAAUAUUUGAAUUAAACAUACAAGACGC